AUGUGUGGACGGGGCAGCGUGGCCUCGCUGUGCCUGGGGGCUUGCUUGCUCGUAGCCAACAUCGUCCUGGGUGCCAAAAGCGCUGGGCAGGACAGCGAGCACAACACUACAGUGUUUACCAAGAUCCUAGACAGCCUUCUGGAUGGCUAUGACAACCGCCUGAGGCCAGGACUAGGAGAGCGUGUAACUGAAGUCAAGACUGACAUUUUCGUGACUAGUAUCGGCCCAGUUUCGGACCAUGACAUGGAAUACACCAUAGAUGUAUUCUUCAGACAGAGCUGGAAGGAUGAGAGGUUAAAGUUCAAGGGUCCUAUGGCCGUGCUGCGUCUCAACAACCUGAUGGCCAGUAAGAUCUGGACGCCUGACACGUUCUUCCAUAAUGGCAAGAAGUCUGUGGCGCACAACAUGACCAUGCCCAACAAACUGCUGCGCAUUACUGAGGAAGGCACCCUCCUCUACACCAUGAGGCUGACUGUGAGAGCAGAAUGCCCCAUGCACCUUGAAGACUUCCCAAUGGACGCCCAUGCCUGCCCACUCAAGUUUGGCAGCUAUGCUUACACCCAAGCAGAGGUGGUGUAUGUGUGGACCAAAGGUGCCGACCAAUCCGUAGUGGUGGCAGACGAUGGUUCAAGGUUAAACCAGUAUGAUCUGAUGGGUCAGAGUGUGGAUUCUGGAGUGGUGCAGUCCAGUACAGGAGAGUACGUGGUGAUGACGACCCACUUCCACCUGAAGAGGAAAAUCGGCUACUUUGUGAUCCAGACAUAUUUGCCCUGCAUCAUGACAGUCAUCCUCUCGCAGGUGUCUUUCUGGCUCAACAGAGAGUCUGUCCCUGCCAGGACUGUCUUUGGAGUGACCACUGUCCUGACCAUGACCACCCUCAGUAUCAGUGCCAGGAACUCCCUCCCCAAAGUGGCCUACGCCACCGCUAUGGAUUGGUUCAUCGCCGUGUGCUACGCUUUUGUCUUCUCGGCUCUCAUUGAGUUCGCUACGGUCAACUACUUCACCAAGAGGGGUUACGCCUGGGACGGAAAAAGCGUGGUGCCCGAGAAGCAAAAGAAGAAGAAGGAGUCCAUGCUCAAAAAGAACAACACAACAGCAUAUCCGGCCGCCACUGCUACAGCCUUCGCUCCCAACAUUGCCAGGGACCCUGGAUUGGCCACCAUUGCCAAAAGCGCUCCUCCACCACCAACUGAGCCCAAAGAGGAGCCAAAGCCCAAACCCCCAGAGGCCAAGAAGACCUUUAACAGCGUGAGCAAGAUCGACAGGAUUGCCAGAAUAGCCUUCCCUCUGCUCUUUGGAACCUUUAACCUGGUCUACUGGGCCACCUACUUGAAUAAGAAGCCCAAACUGCAGGGGAUGAAUCCACACUAAUCCAUUAUUCACUCCUUUUCAAUUUGACCUAUAUAACUUUCAUUUUCUUUGGUAUUCCUCAAAGAUAAAGAAAAGAAAAUGUGUUUAUUUUCAGACAAACAUGAUGUCCAUACUGGUUUGAAUUCCCAGUCGUUGCAUUGCUUCUGUUUAUAUACAUUUUGAAGAUUUGGAGAAAACAAAACAGAGAACAAAAAAUAUAACAAGAAAAAAAAACAAAAGAGCAAGAGAUACUGAAUUUUAAAGGGUUGUUGUUCAGCUGUGGGAUGAUCCUUUUGAGAAAAUGCUACCAUAAAUAUAUAGCCAAGAGGAGAAUGCUAUUCUACAAGUACACAUAGCCCAGUCUUGUCUUGGGCUUUUUUUUUUCUUUGUACAUUGUAUAUUUUCCCAUUUUGCAGGGUUCCAGUUAUAAUCUUUGCAGCGAGAGUUUCUAGAGUUAUUACCAUUUGAGUAGGGAUAAAUACAUCGAACAAAUGUGGUUUCGAAGAGGGAGACAGUCAAACAAUUUAUUGCAUCUGUUGCGCAGACUGCGACCAACCUGUAACUAACUUCCCAAUAUAUCUGCAAUAUUGCAGAAAAUAUUCAUCUAAGUAACAUGGGCUUUGCUAAGGACAAAAUGACAUACAUAAUGCAAAUUGUGCUGUCUCACCCCUAAAGUCAAGUCUGUUUCUCAUGACUUUUGUUCUAUUACAGUAUGAUUAUUGUAAUAUAACCGUAUUUCUUCAAAUAGUGUCUGAGGCUUAUCCACUUAACUGCAGAUGGUGUAGAUGUCUGUUGAUAUUACAAAAUGUAAGUUCAUGUAAAGUCAAAGUGGAGUUAGAAAUUAAAUGGACUGUUAUGGUGGAGAAAUGCUGAGAAACUCAGGCUCCAAGACCCUGUGAAACCUUUGACACACAGACAACAUUGUGGAGCGAGCACACAUCAGUCUACAGGAACAAUAAAUGUUAAAAAAAAAAAAAAAAAAAAAAAAAAUUCUCCACAUAGUGUAGAAUCAUCUUUAAUUCCACUCUAGGGACCGACAGACAUCAGAAUUUAAUUAAUCCCACAGACUGUUUAUGUGAAUCGGUAGGUGCUGCUGUUUUGGAUAGCAACAGAGUCCAAUCGAGCUCAGCAGUUAACUUUUUAAAGUGUCCAUUUUUUUUUUUACUUACUGCGGCGCCUGUCUAUGGAAAAGACAUCCACUAUUUGAGAAAAAUAGGUUAUUUACAUCGAUGCUGUCCAGUGAAAAGCAUGUAUCCCGCCCAACUUGUACUCUUUUUACUUGAAUGACAAUGUGAACAUUUGGAGAUACAUGCUUUUAAUUGGUUUGAAUCAUGUUAAAGAAUAUUGCCAAAAUAUUAUAUUUCUGUGGUUUGUGCCAAAAUCCCCAACAGUGUCAAAAAAUGGUUUUACUUUACAUACACAAACUAUCGGUGAGAAUAUCUUGAAGAGCAGACUAUCAUUGAGACCAAAAUGAUCAAGAUUCAGCUAAAAUGUUGAAGCAAUCUGAAUCAUUUAGUGAAUCCAACACGAGCAAGAACAAAAUUAUGACGUCAUUUUGUUGAUGGAUGCGUAAAGUAGGUUCAACAUUUUUUUUUUAAACUUUUCUCUUAUCCCGAAUUUGAUCAGUCAGUUUUUAAGAAACACAGUCUUUGGCACCAUUUUGAAGGAUUCUGGUAGUACAUUUAUAAUACUAUAUCUAGAGGCUGUGAAUCAUUUUGGGACAUGAAACCUUUUGUCCAAAAUACAAAGAAUGACAUAUCAUCUUGCUUGCGUCAUUUCUAUUUAACAUUGCAUAUGAAGUCAAAAUUUGGCCAGGGCAUGGAGCAUUUUGGAUUUGGCUGGAAUUGUUUGGCAAUUAUUUUGUUGCUUCUGCUGUGUCACGUGGCUACACGGACAUUGGUUAGAAGAGCUUAAAAGCCUUUCACCACUGUUCAGUCAGGUCAGCCAAUUGCAUCCAUUGUACUAUUAAAGAAUGCAUUAUCUUAUUUGAGUACUGAUGGUAAUAACGGCUAUUCGUAUUGGCACAAAAAUGUAAGAUUUUUAUUACUUUAAAAGCUCGAGCCCCUUAGCUUCCAUUGGUUUGAACACAAAUCCAACCCUGCUUGUAUCUUAUUUUUCUUUUUUUUUUUUUAAACACAGACAUGAUAAAUAGCAUGCAUGCAUAUGCAUGGGCAGGGAAUCCUUCAAAGAAUAUACAACAACAAUCACCAUUAAUGAAAGGCUUUCAUUUCUCUACCCAAAAGACUUCCAUUCGCUGUUCUUCAAAAAAGGCUGGGGUUUUUGCAAAAGCAAUAAAACACAUCUCAGUGGACACACCGUUCCUUUCGCCCCCAAAAAUAUGUAUUAAAAAAAACUCUCCGUUUUGAAAUUUAUUUUCCUUUCUGUUUUUGUAAACAUUCUCUAAUGGUACAGAUGUCAAUAUUAUGUUGUAGUAACUAAAGGGUAUGUUCAAAUAAUACACAGAGGAGUCAUUUCACAUUCAUGACACAUACAUGAUGGUGUUUCUUGUGCUAUUGGGACAAUUCUUUUUUUUUAUUGCCAUGUUUGAGUAGAAAUGUCACUUUUCAUUUUGAUUUAGACAGAUGUAAAAAUGGUGUAAAAAGUGAUGAGCAAGAAUGUAUUGAAUUGUUUUGAAACCUCUUUCGUUUACAUCCAAUGAUUAUUUUCCUUCUUGGUUGUUAUAAAGUGGCAGGGGAGGGGCUUGUUUAUCAAAAAUGCUGUUUGAUGCAAAGUCAAGUUGGCAUAAUUUGAAUGAGGGAUGAGGCACAUAUUAUGGAGGAGAAGUGCCUUUUUCAUAUUUCAAGAGUCGGAACUGUGAUGAAGGCUUUGCUAAUUGAGGGCGUGUCUUGCAUUUGGUGACCCACUGUGAAUCUAAAAAUGUUAUGCAUGUUUCUUGUUAGUUGUUUGUUUGUUUUUGGGGAGUUUUUUUUCUUUUCCGUUUUUGUGUUUUGAGCUGAAAAUUGUAAACACUCAGAAAGUACCAGCUACACUGCCUUCAGUAUAUCAUGCCCUUUUAGACUUAGAUUUGUUGUUGCUCUAUGGGUAAGCAACAGAGAACAAGAGCACGAGAGAGACAUAGUGAGAGAGGCAAAAGAAGACAUUGAGAUGAUGUGGCGUCGGAAUUUUACGUUAGCUCACGUCGGCACAGAGGAGUUGCCAAGUCAUUCUAUGAUAGUGUUGAAAUGAAUAUAUUUUUGUAGCAUGAUGUCAGCCCCUCGUCUGGGAAAAAAAACCAAAAUAAAAUAGAAAGAUGAUGGAAAAGCUUUUUUUUUUUUGUUUUGCUUCUUGCUUUUUUUUUUUUUUUUGCUUGCGCUUGAUUUUUGUCGUUGUUAUUGUGUUUACAAAUAUAAAACUAUUACUUGGCGGCGGCUCAUCAAGGUUUCGGAACUGCCCAGUUUAAAUUCUGUUAAUGUAGCAAUAUUACUUAGCAAGGGCUUUUCUUAGGACCUGAACUUGAAACUUAGUGAAGGGAUGAUUGCCAGCGUAGCUUUACUUCAAUUCCUGUUUUCAUUUGUAUGGUGCAAUUUUUUUUUUUUUUUUUAAACAAAGUUGUUUUGUUUGCUUUUGGGGUGUGUCCACAUUGAGAUGAAAACAAUUUGUCACCUCCUCUAGGCUAUAAAUAUUUUCACCCAUUUCUAAUUUGAUGUAAUUAAUAUGUGAUUUCCAUUUUAUUUUUUGAAUUGUAGUUUUACUUGAUUUCGUUCUGCAUUUUUAUUUUACAGUAUUGCAUUAAAUUUUUGACCACACUAUUUAUUUAUUUAUUGGUU